AAUAUGUUAUUGUUGAUAAUGAGCACUUAGCAUUUUGGUAGAGUCAACCAGAUUCGUGAGUUUCGACGGUCAGUCGUUAAAAUUCAUGUUUUUUUUCUUGAAAAAUGUGUUCUAUGCUUUGUAAAUGAUUCUUUUCGAAAUUUUAAAUAUUUGACAUUGUAUGAUCGCGUUCGGGGAUGUCUCAACCAUGCUCUGGACUGUCAAGUUUUCGCUAGGACUUGCCAUUGUUAUAUUUGCAAUUGAGUCUAUCUCGAGCCUGUCUGCGGAGCUGAAUGGGUAAAUCCAUUAGAACUAUAUCAACUGCAUCUUUAUAUGUAUUAUAUAUUCAGAUACAAAUUAUAUGAUAUUCAUCCAAAAACAAUGGAACAAAUUGAUUAUCUUCGCAAUAUCACCUCAGGGAGAUCCUAUGAUGUCCUAUUUGCACCCAAGACUUCAAAUGAAACUUUCAAAAUUGUCAUUGGACCGGACCAACAAGAGCGAUUUCAGCAGGAGCUGCAAAGGAAAUCGAUCGAUUUCAAAAUCUCUAUAUCUAAUUUGACGGAAUAUUUUCAGAGAUUUUUCGCAGAAAUUGGAGAUGAGAAACACCAGUUUGGCGAAGUUAGUUUCGAUAGAUAUUUAAGAUAUGACGAAAUAAAUGCCUACUUACAUCGCGUAGUGGAGAAAUUCCCAUAUUUGGCAAGGAUCGAAACAAUGGGAAAAUCAUAUGAAGGACGAAACAUCAAUGCGGUCCAUGUUUCAUAUAGCAUAUCUGCACUAAGUGUUAUCGUAAUAAUUGGGGGAGUUCAUGCUCGCGAGUGGGCUUCCCCUGCUUGCGCAUUAUAUAUUAUACAUCAUUUGAUUGAGGAAUCCAGCGAAGUGGAUGGGUUUUUGAUGCGAUUUGAUUGGAUUAUUCUGCCUCUGACGAAUCCCGAUGGGUAUGAAUAUGCCCACACCAAGCAACCGAUGUGGAGAAUGUCACGAUCCCGACAAAAUGGUGGGUGUUAUGGAGUUGACCUUAACAGAAAUUUCAACUUCAAAUGGGGCAGAAGCGGUUCUAGUCAUCACCCUUGUGAGAAUACAUAUAGGGGAGAGACACCCUUUUCUGAAAAUGAAAGCAAAAUAAUUGGAACUCUAUUAAUGUCGCUAAAGGAAAAUUGUUCAUUUUUUGUGGAUAUUCAUUCGUUUGGAUCGUUUAUUCUGUUUCCGUGGGCUUAUACAAACAAACAUAUUUCGAGGUACAAACUAUUGAAACAAAUUGGGGUUACUGGUGCCUCCGCAAUUUUCCACGCUACUGGAGCUCAAUUUGAAGCUGGCAUUCCGCCGGAUGUCCUCUACGCAGCUUCUGGUGGUAGUAUUGACUAUGCAAUGGGUAAAGCGAAAAUACCUUGCGCUAUAACAAUAGAAUUGAGAGGCGCCGGUCCUACUGGAUUUCAUCCUCCCCCCGGAGAAAUUGAAGACAUCAUCCAUGAAGGUUGGAUAGGUAUAAAGGCUAUGAUUGCCAAGAAUCAUUUAGUACUCAAUGGUGUUAUCAAUUUGGGAAGAGUAUUCGGUUCAGUCCUUCAACGGAAAUUGUUUUUUGUUUGGAUUGUCAGAUCUCUAAUUUUACAAGUGCUGGAUUGAGACUAAAUAAUAAAAAUCUAUAA